AUGACCAACACUCCAACCAUAAAAAGACGUAGAUAUUCUGUCGACGCUGAAGACGUUGACACUCCUUCUACCUCGAACCUACUCAUAAAGCGCCUGUCGGCCAAGGCAAAGUUGCCAACGCGUGGGUCUGCCCUCGCUGCUGGCUAUGACUUGUACAGUGCCGAGAAGAAAAUUAUACCAGCGCGUGGCAAGGCUCUUGUCGACACGCAACUCUCCAUCGCUGUACCCGCGGGAACCUACGGACGCGUCGCACCUCGUAGCGGAUUAGCAUCCAAAUUCAUGAUUGACACCGGUGCAGGUGUCAUAGACGCAGAUUACCGCGGCAUCGUCUUCGUCCUUCUUUUCAACCUCUCCGAUCAAGACUUCACAGUCGAAGAAGGAGACCGCGUGGCUCAACUCGUUCUCGAGCGAAUCAUUACGCCAGACGUCCUUGAAGUUGAGGACCUGGAUGCAACAGCCCGUGGCGAGGGAGGUUUUGGUUCCACCGGUGGCCACAAAGCGCUUAUUGUUUGA